CUCUCUUUCUCUCUCUCUUUUUUAAUUUCUUUUCCAAUUUUUAUUUUUAUUUUACUUUUUUAAACAAAUGUCUUCAAGUUCCUUAGAAGAAAGUAAUACAAAGAGGCCACAAGUGAUAGUUGGCAAUUAUAUUAUACAAGACAAGAUUGGACAGGGUUCAUUUGCAACAGUUUAUAAAGCGCAGCAUAAAGAAACAGAACAAAUUGUCGCUGUCAAAUCAGUCAAAAGGUCUAAAUUAACCAAGAAACUAUUGGAGAAUCUAGAGUCAGAGAUAUCUAUUCUUACAGCGAUAAGACAUGAACAUAUUGUGGGACUCAUUGACUGUCAGAAAACAGAAUCAAAUAUUUACCUUGUUAUGGAAUACUGUUCUCUAGGUGAUUUAUCUCAUUAUAUCAAACAAGUGAGAACAAACAAGUCGAUGAAAAGAUCAAGUGCGGGUGGAUUACCUGAAAGGGUUGUUCGUCAUUUUUUAAGACAAUUAGCAAGUGCCUUGCAAUUUCUAAGAUCACAAAAUCUAGUCCAUCGAGAUAUUAAACCACAAAACUUAUUAUUAGCACCUAAUCCAAUUGAUCACGAAUUACCCACAUUAAAAGUAGCCGAUUUUGGAUUUGCAAGAUUUUUACCAAACGCAAGUUUAGCAGAUACCCUAUGUGGAUCACCCUUGUAUAUGGGUCCAGAGAUACUAUCCUAUAAGAAAUACGAUGCCAAAGCAGAUCUUUGGAGUGUGGGCGCAGUACUAUAUGAAAUGGUGACAGGAAAACCACCAUUCAGAGCCCAGAAUCAUUUGGAAUUAUUAAAAAAGAUUCAAGAGAAUAACGAUCAAAUACAUUUCCCUUCAGAUGAAAACAGUAUUGGAAGUGACAUUAAAGAUUUAAUAAGAAAGCUUUUAAAGAAGAACCCAGUCGAAAGAUUGUCUUUUGAGGAUUUCUUUCGUCAUCCUGCUAUUCAAGUUGUCAAGAAACCGUCAACAGCGCCCGUGAGGCAUUACUCUGCAUCAUCUAAACCAAAUUAUGCAGCUUCACCUUCACCGUCACCGUCUUCGGUAUCAUCUUCAUCGGCGGCACCAACAGAAUAUGAACCACCCCCAUUUGCAUAUCAGUCAAGGCGACAGUCAUUCCAUGCAGUAGCCAGACAACCCAAGCGAGAAGAAGAUGUACUUCAAGAAUAUGUUGUUCUUGAUAAACGAAUUAUUGAAACGAACCAAUUCGCAGAUGAAUUGGAUGCAUCACCUAGAACUUUAGAUACAGGACGACGUUUAUCUACCUUUAUUUCCGGCUCGUCACCCACUCGUCAUACCAUGACCCACGCUGUCAAUAUACCCAUCAAGAUCCCUCCUUCGACACCACCACCAUUUAUCAGGGAACGCAAGUCGAGUACAGGUUCAUCAGCUGGUUCAGCACUUGCCAGAGCCAUCUCCAUGGCCUCUGUUAGGCUAUUUGGUACCAGCAUACCUUCACCACCUAAUAAAGAUCUAGCUGGUUCACCACGUGGCUUUAUGUCAUCACAUCAUAAUGCAGCACAUGGCACAAUUGAAUAUAUAGAAUGUAUUGCCUGUAUGGCACAUGCUGUGUCGAAAUUUGGAGAUCAAAAGUACGAUACUCUCAGCAAAUCAGCAGAAGACGACCGACAAUUGGCUGAGGAAUGUGUCGUACUCUAUGUCAAGUCAUUGGCCUUACUCGAAACAGGACUUUAUGUAGCACAGCAAUAUUGGCAAAGACAGCCGUUUGACCCUGUAAAUGAUGAAAAGAAGGAUGUUGUCCGACUGAAUGAUGCGGUGCAGUGGAUGAGAGAGAAGUUCAAUGAGUGUCUUGAUCGCGCUGAAUCUAUUCAGUAUGAUAAACAGACAUUAGAAAAUACCUCUGUAGAGAAACUACUUUAUGAUAGAGCUCUGGAAAUGAGUCGAGCAGCAGCCGUGCAUGAAUUAGUAGGUGAAAAUAUCACUGGUUGUGAACAAGAUUAUCAGAUGGCGAUAUGGAUGUUGGAGGCCAUUUUACAAGUCCGGCCAAAGGAUAAUGUGACAAUUGAAGAAGAAGACAAACUGAUCAUUAAUAAAUUUAUUGACUCGAUUCGCCAUCGUAUUGUUGUUUUACGGAAAAAGAUGGAGGCGUCGGAGCGUCUAUGAUCCAGGGGAGAAACUCUCUCUGGAUUUUUUCCUUCACCGCCAAUAAAAAAACUAUUAACGCAUCCGACAGUGUCCAGUUCUCUCCCCCACCCACUCUUUUGAGUUGUUGAUAAAUUAUAUUUUUUGUAUUUUGUUUGUUUAUAACAGAGCUCGCUCAUGAAUCACGCGCAAAAAUAAACCUUUGCAUGUUAAAACGUAUUUUAAGUACAGAAUUAAGGCAUACCUAUACUUUAUGUUGAAAUACCACAGCAAUCAAGCAUGUUGAUUCACUCCCCUCCUUG